AUGGAGAUCCUUUACAUUCUGUUUGCGGUUCUCUUCUUGGUCUCCCUGGCGACUGCAGGACACCGGCGGUUUCCAGACACCCAGUCUUGCAUCAGACGUGAUGGUUACUGUAAAGCAAAAUGCACGAAGAUCGGUAGCCGGGAUGAGGUGGAGCUGGGGACCUGCAAGAAUGGAAGGCAGAAAUGCUGCCGACCUAAGCGUCUGCUCUCCAACUACACUGGGAUCCUAGCCAACCUUCAGCCAUGAGGCUCCUCUACACUUUGCUGUUGUCUUCUUAGACUCCGUGGCUACUCCAGGAGAUGAGCACCCUUGAAUACACACGUCACUGCAGCCAUCCUGGUAGUGACUGUAAAUGGGCCCAUACUCGGUGUGAAUUCAUUGUUGAAACUUCUGAGGGGAAGAGAUGCUGUUUGGAUAUGCUGUGUUGCCCUAAUCAGAGCUGAAGAAAGGCAAAGAAGAUGGCUGCGAUCAUCAAAAUAGCCGUUUCUCUCUUUUUUUCAAUCUAGUGGCCAGUCCUCUUUUUAAAGACCCUCUUUGGUCCCUACAUGUUCUAGGUGUUUUGAUCUUUUCCAAAGAAAAGCAUAAGAUUGGGAGUAAGGAUUUCUGGGUUUCUGAUAGGUUCCGUUAAUAAGAACUGCUAUUCUGGAUCAGACCACUGCUCCAUCUCCUCAGUAUCCUGUUACUGACACCAGCUUCGUUGCGAGCUACACCCUAGCGGGUGCCAGUGGUAUAACUCUCCCUUAGGGGAAGGUUCCUCUUUACCUCUCAGUUCGAAGUUUGCUUCUGUGCUGGAGCAUGAGGGUUUAUAUCCCCUUUAAUCUCUAAAAAAAAAUCUUACCUAAUGUAAAUGUUGGAUAGCUUAAUUAUCCAUAUCAAUAUGAAGAUCCACCGAGGAUAUAAAUUGUUACAGUCCCCAGCUACAGAGCAUUAGCAGCUUAUGCUUUUUGCUCUGGAGCUCCUUGUU